AUGUCCACCUUCAGCGCGCUCCGAUGCGGCGUCCGCGUCGACCGAUCAGCCCAAACCCCUUUCCUCGGACUCCGGCCCGGCGCGACGAGGAGAAGGGUCGCGGGUUGGCGCGAGGACUCACCGCUCGCGCCCCCCGACGGAGCCUCCAAGAAGAAAUCGAAGCGCGACAAGCGCAAGGGCGCCGCGACGCCCAGGGUCGAGGGGGGCGGUAAGGGCGAGGUGGACGGCGCCGAGCUCAGCACCAUCGACCUCGGCCAGGGUAAGUCCGCGGCGCUGUACGUACCGACCAACGUGGCGGAGGUGGAGGGCGCCGUGAGCGCGGAGGGUGUCAAGCAGCUCCUGGACAUGUACAAGGAUUCCCUCUACGGCGCCGGCGACGUGGUGUGGCCCGCGUCGAUCGCCCUGAGCCGACUCAUCGCGCACUGCCCGUCCCUCGUCAAAGGCAAGGCCGUGCUCGAGAUCGGCAGCGGGCUCGGGCUCUGCGGGUGCGUCGCGGCGGCGGCGGGCGCGAGCCGGGUGGUGAUGACAGACAUCGACGGGGACAUGCUCAGACUCGCCGCUGCGUCUGCUGACGCUAACGGAUCCGCUAACGUCGAGACCAUGACGCUGGACUGGGGCCAGAGAGAGUCGUGGCCCAAAGGCGAGUUCGACGUCGUCAUCGCGGCGGACGUGCUGUACGACGGGGACGCGGCGGCGGCGGUGGCGGGGGUGGCGGGGAGAUGCCUUCGCGGGGGCGGUGUUGGGUCGAUGGCGAUUGUGUGCGACCCGGCGCAGCGGACCCACCGGGGGACUUUCGCGGAGGAGGCGCGGGGGGUUGACCUGGAUGUGGUGGACGCGGACUUUCCGGGGCACCCGGACAUGCGGCUGCUGCAGGCGACCAGGGUGGAGCUGACCGCGGGGGCGUGA